GUGGGGCGGUGGCAGGAAGGCUCCGAGCGGCUGCCGGAGGUGACGGAGCCGCGGCCCCGCCUGGUGCGCUGGCCGACGAGGCUUCCAGCUCCCCACAUCCGGAGCCCAACCGCCCCAGCUCAGCGCAGCCAUGAGUGGGGAGGUGAAGGUGACGGGCCAGAACCAGGAGCAGUUUCUGUUGCUGGCCAAGUCGGCCAAGGGGGCAGCGCUGGCCACACUCAUCCACCAGGUGCUGGAGGCCCCAGGUGUCUACGUGUUUGGGGAGCUGCUGGAUAUGCCCAAUGUCAGAGAGCUGGCUGAGAGUGACUUUGCUUCCACAUUUCGGCUGCUCACGGUGUUUGCAUAUGGGACAUAUGCUGACUACCUAGCUGAAGCCCGGAAUCUCCCCCCACUCACAGAAGCUCAGAAGAAUAAGCUGAGACACCUAUCGGUUGUCAGCCUGGCUGCUAAAGUCAAAUGCAUCCCGUACGCAGUGUUGCUGGAGGCCCUCGCCCUGCGUAACGUCCGGCAGCUGGAAGACCUGGUGAUUGAGGCGGUGUACGCCGACGUGCUCCGAGGCUCCCUGGACCAGCGCCACCAGCGGCUGGAGGUGGAUUACAGCAUCGGGCGGGACAUCCAGCGCCGGGACCUGAGUGCUAUCACCCGGACGCUGCAGGAGUGGUGUGUGGGUUGUGAGGUGGUGCUGUCAGGCAUCGAGGAGCAAGUGAGCCGGGCCAACCAGCACAAGGAGCAGCAGCUGGCCCUGAAGCAGCAGAUCGAGAGUGAGGUUGCCAACCUGAAGAAAACCAUUAAGGUUACAACGGCGGCGGCAGCUGCGGCCACAUCUCAGGAUCCUGAGCAACACCUGACUGAGCUGAGGGAGCCAGCUCCUGGCACCAACCAACGCCAGCCCAGCAAGAAAACCUCAAAGGGCAAGGGGCUCCGAGGGAGUGCCAAGAUUUGGUCCAAGUCGAACUGAAGGGACUGUCGUUUAUUUCCUUGGGGAUGUGGGGUCUCAGCUGCCUGCCACUUAGGAAUCCUCAAAGUACCUUCCUGUGCCCCUGGCCAGUUGACAAUCCUUAAUUCAGGACCCCACUUUUCUCCCCCACUCCCAAGCACAGAGCCUGCCUCCCUAGGGCGGAGGUGAGGUGAGGUCAUGGUUUUGUUGGUACUUUUGUUGUAUGUGGCUUUCUGACGUUCCUCCCGGCCAUUCCCUUCCCUUUGAGAGCGGAACCUCUGUCCCUGUCCGUCCCACCUGUCUCGGAGGUGGUAGCCCUGAGUGGAUAACCCGCAGGUGUGCUGCUCCUACCGCUCCUCCCCUUGCAUGCCGACUUCCCAGUUCCUCCUCCCACCCUGGCCUGUUGGCCGCAUCUGAAGAGCCAUAGGGCCCUCACCUGUAGUCUCACCACGAGAGUGCUGGGAGCCAGUCUGCCAUCCAAGGAGCCCCUGGACACUUUCGCCCUAGAAUUCUGCCACACUGCAAGUGUCCCCUGUCCCCUCCCCUCGCCCUGGGCCCUGGGAGUGCUGCUGCUUCAAUGUCCCGGAGCCCAAGAAGAGGGUGGUGUCUUUCGAGAGGAGAGGUGGGUCUUUCUCGGCCCUGGCUAUCUCAGAAAGCCAGUAACAGUAGUCCUGCAAGGAUUUCAGAUUCUUUUUGUGAGUUUGCUGGGGAAGAAAAGGGGAUAAUAGGUUGUAUUAAAAAAAAAAUAAAAACAGAAACCAAAAGCAUAUAUACAUAUAUCUGUAUAUAACACGACACAGAAAUAAAUCUAUGAGAACCCUAUCCACCAGUGUGCUCUGAA